CCCGACUUAUCGUGCGGCGAUAACUAAGAACGCCGACUGUUGGCGAUAUCGAUAGCAUAUCACAAAUAACAAAAACACGUCACGUAAUCCGGACGGAGGCUGCUGGAAGUAUAGCAGGCGGUGAAGCAGGGAAUCAUACGAAUCCAGCAGGGAAUACCAAAAAGCAAAAAGGGUGAACCAUGAACACACAAAUCGUUGUACUUGCGGUAGCUCUGAUGAUGCACUGCAUCUCUGCCGUCGAAUUCACCUUUGAUCUGGCCGACAACGCGGUGGAUUGCUUCUACGAGGAGAUCAAGAAGAACUCGAGCGCCUACUUUGAGUUCCAGGUGUCGGCCGGUGGUCAAUUAGACGUGGACGUCACCCUAAAGGAUCCGCAGGGCAAGGUCAUCUACAAUCUGGAGAAGGCCACCUUCGAUAGUCAUCAGUUCGUUGCGGAGACAACGGGCGUGUACACCGCGUGCUUUGGCAAUCAAUUCUCGGCCUUCUCGCACAAGAUCGUCUACGUGGACUUCCAAGUGGGCGAGGAGCCGGCUCUGCCCGGUGUGGAUGAACAUGCCACGGUGCUCACACAGAUGGAGACAUCGUCGCAGGCGAUUCACAAGGGCCUCAACGACAUCCUGGACGCCCAGACGCAUCAUCGACUGAGGGAGGCGCAAGGUCGCAAACGGGCCGAAGAUCUCAAUCAGCGGGUUAUGGUCUGGUCAUCCGUGGAGACGGCCGCAAUCAUCCUGAUCGGUCUCGUCCAGAUUCUGGUGCUGAGGAACUUCUUUACGGACCGAAAGCCCAGCCAGGCGCACUACGGGCGGCUCUAGAGGAUCGGGUUUUAUGUUGGGAUGUAGCUUAGUUCAGAGCCCUCGGAUGGAGAGGGUCUCCUCCAAUACCCAACUGUCGAAAUCCCCCGAAAUGUUGUCAAUCUCGUCUUAGCCACAACGUAUUCAUUCCUCUCCCCAUCCCCCCCUCAAGGUUUCUUUAUCGGGAAAAAAACCCCCCAAACGACACAUGUAAUAUUUUUUGUUAAGACCCCACCCGGUAAAAUACAUAAAAAACCUGAA